AUGGCAGUCCGCAAAGCAGCUAUGCUGCUGACAUCGGCCCUUUGUGUUUUACCCGCCAUUGUCCAAGGGUAUUCAAUUGAUAGCUCAUGCGACUCGAUCAAGAACGUGCUUAAGGAUAAGGUUGCGGAGGCUAUGGAUAUGGUGGACACAGCGAAGGAAGCGAUACGGAAGUCGCCCAUGGAUGACGAGGUUGAUCGGCUGGCCAAGAUGCUCUUCGCUGAGAAAGAUAUUCCCAAUACUCUCGAGGAUAUUUUCAUGGGCAUGGGACAGGAAAGAAACCUCAAACCAGUUGGCGAGGAGCCUAACAUUUAUCCGCUCUGCCCGUGGUACUUGGCUGUGGCGGGAUACACCGAUUUCAAGAAGGAUGUCCCUGAAAAACUGCUAUCUAAGCUGAACAAAGGCAAAUUGCACUCAGGGCUUCCCAAUUCCACGCCCAUCGACAGCUUGCAGUACUUCUUGCAUGUUAUCAUUCACGAGUUUACUCACACGGUACCCGCUAAGAAAUUAUCACCAAACAAACCCGCAAGUGACCAUAAAUACGAAUGGAAGAACUGUCUGAAACUUUCGGGAACCAGCGAAGGCUGUGACAAUGCCGGAUCACGAAGGAUGGAGAGCUUGAAGACAUUAACUAGAGAUGAUGAAUGGGGAAAAGGUGGUGGCAUUCGUGAUGCUAUCGAGGAGAAGAGAAAGAGAUGGAAGCACGGCAACCUGGAUGCCGAGGCCGCUGGAGCUUCAGGCGCCAACGCCUCAACAAAGAUAUGA